AUGUCAAAGAAGAAGUUCCGCUACCACUCAAGCUUUGCACCUGAUUGGGUGCUUCCAUUGCAAUCUGAAAAUCCGGCGGAAGAGUCCAGCAAGAAACAUGUCGACCCUCAACCUUCUCGUCCAGACUCCAAAGCAAAACCCGAUCGAUACAAGAAAGUGCUCCCGACAGACUGGGUAGAUCAAGAAACGACUCCAUCUAAACCCAUCCCUCCGAUACUUCCACCACUCACCAAAGAAGGUUUGAAUGAAUUAGGCUCACUGGAGACAGCCGAACCCAAAAGAAAGCAGCGCGACGUCCCUCUUGUCGAUACCUCAAUCCGCAAGACCCGUGCAAGUGGCCACACUCCACCUCCUGGUCCACGCCGCUCCACAUUUGCUUCUGUUUGGGGCAGGCAACCUCCUCACUUUUCUGCAGAUGAACCAUCGCGUGGUGAUGACGAUGAUAGGUCGGAUCUACGAUACGGGUCAAAGGCCAAUUCAUUCCACCCAGCCGAGUUUCAACCAGCCGCGCGCGAACAACCUAUAUCGCCUCCUGUCAGUGUAGGAGUAUCAUCGUCAGUCCUCACAACUAGUCCAUACCAUGGUCGAGAUCUGCCAGUCAGAGGCCCUAGGAUGUCUCCUUCCUACUCUGUUGUGUCGGGUUGA